AGCAAGGCAGGCGGAAGUGCGGUGGCUCCAACGAUGCUGCGGCAGGACAGCAAUGAUGACACCGAAGAUGUGUCCCUCUUUGAUGCAGAUGACGAAGUGUCCAGGAGAUCAAAAAAGUCUAAAAUAAGGCAUCCAGUGGCAUCAUUUUUCCACUUGUUUUUCCGAGUCAGUGCAAUAGUUGUCUAUCUGCUCUGUGAGCUCUUAACUAGCAGCUUCAUUGCCUGUAUGGUGACAAUUAUCCUCCUCUUGUCAUGUGACUUUUGGGCUGUAAAGAAUGUCACAGGGCGACUGAUGGUUGGCCUUCGCUGGUGGAACCAAGUGGAUGAUGAUGGUAGAAGUCACUGGGUUUUUGAAGCCAGGCAGGUAUCGGCACAAGGGAAUAAAGCCUCAUCAGAAGCAGAGUCUCGAAUUUUCUGGUUAGGUCUAAUCACCUGUCCUAUGAUCUGGGUGAUAUUUGCGUUCAGUGCUCUCUUUUCUUUCAAAGUGAAAUGGCUGGCAGUGGUUGUGAUGGGGGUGGUACUUCAGGGAGCCAACCUUUAUGGUUAUAUCAGGUGUAAAGUUGGUAGCAGAAAGAACUUGACAAGCAUGGCAACCAGCUAUCUUGGAAAGCAGUUCUUGCGGCAGACUGUGGCUAAAGAUGACCAAACAGCAUCUUAAGGAUGGUGGAAGCCCUAAGCCAGGCUGGAUUUGAAGUAGUGAACUCAGAGAAUGCUGCUUUGACCAUGAGAUUUGGGAGCUGCAUAAACAGUGUGUGAAUUAAAAGAAGUAAAUAAAUUGUGCAAGACUUCAGGUUAACACUCACAGCAA